GGGAGCCGGGCGGCGGCGAGGCAGCCGUCGGCCAAGCGGCGGCCGCAGUCGUCGCCUCGGGCGCAGGAGGCGGGCCCCGGAGAGCCGCCGCCGGAGCCGCCGCUGCCCCCGCCUGCGCCCGCGGCGCCCUCGGCGUCCGAGCUGGACCUGGGCGAGCAGCGGGAGCGCUGGGAGACGUUCCAGAAGCGGCAGAGGCUCAGCUUCGAGGGCGCCGCCAAGCUGCUGCUGGACACCUAUGAAUACCAGGGCCUGGUGAAACACACAGGAGGCUGCCACUGUGGGGCGGUUCGCUUUGAAGUCUGGGCCUCGGCAGACCUGCACAUCUUUGACUGCAACUGCAGUAUUUGCAAGAAGAAGCAGAAUAGACACUUCAUUGUUCCCGCCUCUCGCUUCAAGCUCCUCAAGGUGGGUGUCGUGAGUGGGGCUUACAGGGUGCCAGGUGCAGGGGGCCUCCCGGGCCGUAUGCUUUCCCCUGUCACCCAGCUGUCAUUCCCCCCUUUAUAUUGGGUUGGCCAAAAAGUUUGUUUGAGUUUUUCUGUGAGAUGUUAUGGAAAAACCCAAAUGAACUUUUUGGCCAACCCAGUAUUUUUGGAUAUAUAUUUGAUAUUACAGUGGAAACAUGUACAAACACAGAGAAUCAAAAAUAAAUAAGAUCACCCAAAUCCUGUCAAUCAGAGGUAACCACUGGUUGUGUUCUGCUGAAUAUCCUUGCGUGUUAUUUUGGACAUGGAUGAAUACAUCUAAAUAAAUCAUGUGUGCUUUUAUCAAGGUAGAAUUUUACCUUUUUAUCUGCUUUAUAACUGACUUUUAUCAUUUCCCGAUGAAAAAUAAAUGAUUGAAAAGAUUUUUGACUUUAGUAUUUGGGGGAGUUUUCUGUGCUUGGUACCAGAUUUGCAAAGUACAGAGUAGAUACAUACACGGUGAAAGGCCUCCCCUCCACUGGCCCUCAUGCCCCUGGCCUCUCCCCGUGCCUACAACUGUUUCGUAGUUUACUUAUAGGCUUCUUGCUGUGUCUGUAGCAUAUUUCGUUGCAUGAAUGUACCACGAGCGACCUUCUACGUUUGAACUUCUAGGUUGAGUGCGGUGCUGUCGUAAACCUCCCUGUGUAUAAAUCUUUGACAGUUUAGACAUUAGACAUUAUGUCUUUGGAUCAGUUCUUCUGGAAGUAAAAUCUCCGGUUUAAAAAAGGCUUAAAAAAGGCUUCCGCAGGCUUUGCUCCCUGGGGGGUGGGGGUGGGGGUGGGGCUCUGGCCUGUCCUCUGCUCCCAUUGCCCCGCCCCGGGCCCGACAGACGCCACACCUUGGGCAUCAUGCGCAGUGCCUGUCGGGAGGGCUUCCCAGAACCACCUUUGGUCGAGUCUGCGCUCCUGGCCUUGGGGCCUCGGCAUGCAGUGGCCCCUCGGUGAGUGUCUGGGAGGAAAAGCUGAGAUUUAAUUCGACACUUCAGGCCAGGGUGGCUCCUUGUCUGUGUCUGCCCUCGAUCCUGGGGUGGGUGUCUGGUCGGGGUGGGAGCGCCGGCGGGCAGCAGACCUGCCCUCGCCUUUCCCACGAGCCCCCCUCGGGUGCUAGCUGGAGGCUGUGGCCCCAGCCCCCCAAGACAGGCGGCUCCCGAAGACACGCGGGCAGCCGGGAUCUCACGGCUUCGGAGUUGGCAGCGCCUCCGCCAUCCCACCGCCGGGGGCCUGCUUCUCCGGCCGCCCUGGCGUCUCGAGCUGGCUCUCUUCUUCCGCCCGGCCUGGUGAAGGAGAGAGCAGUUUUCCGUUUGUUCUUUAAGUACAAACCUCCUUCCUCGAUUCAGCAGUGUUUAUGGGGCAGCUGCUGUGUGCCAGGCUGCGUUCCACUGAAACCCCGCAGCUGUCGUGGCAGACAGGGCCCUUGUCCCCUGGGACCUCACACCUCAUGGGGGAGACAGAGGAACGGGACGAGGCCCGGAAGUGCCCAGUGGAGGGUCGGAGCGGGGCAGCGUGACGGAGGCUGACCGGUGGCGAGUCUCGGCGGCUAGGGCAGGCCCCUCUGGAGCUUCAAUGCCGAGGCAUGGGGGUCCUGGGCACGGGGCGGGCAUGGCGCCGGGGGGCCGCUUGGCGUGUCCGAGGAGCUGCACGUUGGCCCUCGUGGCCGCAGGGUGGAGGUGAACCAGCGGACCGAGCUGGGGCUGGAGAGAGGCCGGAGUGGAUGAGGAGACAGGUUUUGUCCUCUGGAGAGUGAAGCCUGGGGAGGGUUUUAAGCGGGGCGGGGACGACAUGUGCUUCAGUCUUUGAAAAGCGCGCGGUGGCCGUCGCGUGCAGAGCGGAUGGUGAGGAGGUGAGUACGGAGGCCGGGGGCAGCCGGGAGAGGGUGGCAGUCAUGGGGACGGGCAGACAGUGGUCAAUGGAGGUGUGUUUUGGAGCGGGUGGUUCUCGGAGUCCAGGUUGUGCACGGCCACCGGAGGGCUCGUUAGACAAAUCGCUGGGCCCCCUCCUGACUGUGCAGGUCUUGGGGGGCGGGGUGGGCACAAGAUGGACGUUUCUCGCAAGUUCUCAGGUGACGGUGACGCGGCUGGUCCUGGGACCACGCGCUGAGAGCCGCUGCUCGAGAGGAAGGACGGGGUGAAGAGCGGAGAAGGAGGUUGGGCCUCCGAGCAGCUGGUCGCCUGGAGAUGCCAGGUCCUGGGGGAGAAGCCAGCGCGGAAGGUGCUGGACUCACAUCCGAUUCUUGAGAAGGUUGAGGUGAAGCGUUGUGAGCGCUGACAGAGGCGGAGCCAGGGGGUGGGCGGCCGCACACGUGUGUGUCUGGAGUCGUGGGGUGAGGGCAGCUGGGCAGAUGGUGCAGUCCAACACGCGGGGGCCCAGGACCCAGCACGUACAGGGAGCGGAGCGGAGAGGCCUGAGAAGGGUGGCCGGUGGGGAGGGAGGAAGAGCCUGCAGGGCGGGGCAGGUUCAGAGGGGCAAGAGUCCGGGGGUCAGGAGAAGUAACCGUUAGACUUGCCACGUGGGGGACACUGGUGAUUUCUCAUUGGGCAGGAAGACGGAAGAAGCGAACAGGGAGGGUGAGUGUAUAGCAGCGUCAUGACGAUGGACCAUGCGCUGUAGCAGCCAGCAGGGUGGGGGUCAGGCAGGUGGACGUGUGGACACUAUGGGACAGGGUCUGUGUGUCACCGGUGGGCCCUCGUGCUGAAUGAGGUCCAGGAGGCUGUGAGCUGGCUUCUCAGGCCUCCCGAGGGUUUCCUGGGGGAAAGCGUAUGCCCAGAUAACUCUGCAAGGUUUGGGACCCCUUGGCUGUUCUUUGCGGCCUCCCUGUGGGGUGAGAAGAGGCCCCCCUGGGAACAGUCUUUCGAUGCAGCUCUGAGGGCCUGUCUCCCGUGGUGGCCGGGGAAGACCCGUAAAAAGCUCUGACCCUUCAUCCCCCCAUUGUCUCCCUGGAGAGAAGCUGCUGCUUUCUUGGUUAUUUCUUUAAAAGCACAUGCCAGGAUGUAUGUAUGCUUUUUAAAAAUAGGAAUGUUAGUAUGCUACACAAAUUGUUUUAAACCUUGCCUUUGCACUUAACUUUGUAACCUUGGAGAUUGUUCUCUAGUAGUAUUUGUAAGUAGAACUGCCUUAUUUUUUUCCAAAACUUGGUGAGAUUCCAUAUUUAUGCCCGUCCGUGAUUGCUCUAACCAGUCUUCUGUUGAUGGACAGUUUCAGAGUUUCUAACGUUUAGCUUUUACAAAUGCUGCAUUAACAUCUACAUACAUCUCAUUGGAUAAAAUACGGAAUUUUAAUUGCAGGAUACAUUUCUAGAAGUGGAAUUGCUGUGUUAAACAAUAUGUGCAUUUUAAAAUUUUAGUAGAUGUUACCAAAUUUAUGGAUUUACAUUCCUGUGACUCAGAUCCGAGUGAGUGUUUCCCUACACAUGCAAUAUCAUUAGCUCGCUGUUUUUUUUUUUUGGACGUAAAAAUUGUAUUAGCCCUCAAAUUAACUAUAACUUUCAAUUACCUAUAAUACGCGUAUACCUUAGG